ACAGGCAACUUACUCAUCAUCAUCGUUGAACAUAUCUGUCUUCUCCAAUUAAAACCAUGUCUUACAACCCCCCUACCUACCCUGAUGCCAGGCAAAUGACCUAUCUGUCAAAUUUCUCCACACUCACCGGUGCUCUCGAACCUGCACCGGUUCAAUACAUGAAUUACCCCGUUCGGCCGAACGCCACCUCCGGUCUUACUAUGAAACCGCUUCCUGAGAUUCUACGUCCUCCUCAAACGUCAUCGGGCCCAGAUCUCGCAGGUGCCCUCGGUGGAACAAAGCAAAAUACCCAGUACCAAGCCAGCCCGUAUGGUGCAGCACCCACCGCUCCAUAUUCAGCUGUCCCACAUCCGUCAAACGGCAGCUACGCAGGGUCAUCUUCUGCCCACCCUGCGUACCCAUACCCCGAGAGGAACGUUGUACACCCUUCCCAUUACGCGGCUGCGCAUCAAAAGACGUACCAGACCGUCAUUCCUGCAGGAUAUCACCUGCUUCCGGAGAUUGAGGGCGUGGAAAAACACGAGCCACCGACUUCAUGGAAUAGGAUAGGAUCACAGCAUGCGACCAUUAAAUUCAACAGGAAGGGCGGAGGCAAGCCGUUCUCUGUCAAGGAGCUUAUUGACCAGUUCCCCAAUAUGCCAGACGUGGAAGGAAAUCAGGACCAGGUGUUCAGCAAUAUAGGCGAAAGGGCUAUCAAGGUCGUGGUGAUAUGGCCUGGAUAUGGCCAACACCCUAUGGAAAAGCGGAUCGCCACCGAUAAUGGAAGUCUCACGAAGGAGAAGCUGCUGUACACUUUAGCGAAGAACAUGGAGGGGUUAGUGGACAUUGUCCGCCGCAGGCACGUACCUGUGGAAAGGGAUUUCAAGGAUUACGAAAUCUCAGUCUUGCAGCGUGGGCUACCCAAAAUCUUGAGGGACUGUUUGAUCACUCGUCUCUACCACAAAUCGGGAUCCACCUGGGCGGUAGAAAUUUAUGUGAGGAUUCAAUGAGAGGGCCAUGGGUGGUUUGCAUAUCAUUAUUCCAUAUAGUUAUAUUGUGGUAUAGUAAGCCUGGAGCUUACUAAGGGUAUCCUGCAUAAAAAACACACUCAUUUCUUGCGGUCAUGUAUACUUGGGUGAUGUGCGCGGCAGAGUUCGAAUCCUCGAUAGAUGCAGGGACAUUCAUAGAUGAGAGCUGCUAUUUGAAGGGUGUUCCUCGACGGAAACUUUAGCGCCUAACCGAGAUAUCUCUGAGAACGCUGCCUUGAGCAAGUCAAGGUCUGCGUCCAAACCCUCCGCCCGUGUCUUCAUCUACAGAACGAUCAGACUACACAAAGAAACACCUU